GUAACCAAGGAUCCUACUAAAUAAUAAUAAAAUAAACCAGUCUUCUUAAUGACAUAAAUAGGCCUUAUAAGUGAGUAAUUGAUUAUGUUAAGUCCACAAAUUAUUUAUUUAUCUAACAAUCCAAUCUGACACUUCUGAACAUAGCAGCAAACAAACUGACCGGACCGAUUCCUGGACAGUUAGAUGACUGCACAAAGUUAUUGAGCUUGAAUUUAAGCAAAAACCAAUUCACCAUGAAUAUCCCCUAUGAGAUUGGAAGCUUACAAUCUCUUUAAGUUCUUGAUCUUAGUUACAAUUCACUGAUAGGGGAGAUUCCUCCACAACUUGGCAAGCUGAGAAACUUAGAAGUAUUGAAUCUCUCCCAUAAUGGGUUCUUUGGUUCAGUCGCAUCAUCUUUCAAUGAAAUGUUAAGUUUGACAGAAAUUGAUUUAUCCUCGAACCAAUUGGAGGGUCCUCUGCUCGAUAGCAAAGUCUUCCAAGCUUCUCCAUUUGAAGCAUUCACAAAUAACAAAGGCUUGUGUGGUAAGGCUGCGGGUUUGGAGGCUUGCCCAUCAACCACAACUAGUGGAACAAAGGGUAAAAAUUAUGUCAUUUUGGAUGUAUUCCUUGUUUUAGGCAGUUUGGUCCUUGCUCUCAUUGCUAGUGGGAUUAUUUUUGUUCUUUACAUUCGUUGGACUGGAAGGAACAAUACAAACAACCGAAGAGAAAGACUCACAGAGAAUUUGUUUGCGAUGUGGAGCUAUGAUGGAAGAAUGACUUAUAGAAACAUCAUUGAAGAAACAGAAAAUUUCCAUCCACGACAUUGUGUAAGAGAGGGAGGGCAUUCAAGAGUUUACAAAGCUAAACUGCAGACAGGUCAGGUUUUCAUAGUGAAGAGACCUAACGCAUUAGACGAGGGUGGGCUAGUUGAUUUAAAAGCUUUCAAGAGUGAGAUUCGUGCCCUAUUAGAAAUCCGCCAUUGCAACAUUGUGAAGCUUAUGGAUUUUGUUCACAUCCAUAGCAUUCAUUCUUGGUUUAUGAUUUCUUGGAAGGUGGAAGCCUAGAAAAGAUACUAGGUGAUGAUAGAGAGGCAGGCAUGUUUGAAUGGAGUGAGAGGGUAAAUCUUAUCAAAGGUUUGGCUAGUGCUUUAUCCUAUAUGCACCAUGAUUGCUUGCCUCCUGUGGUUCAUCAAGACAUAUCCAGUAAGAAUAUCUUGGUGGAUUUAGAAUAUAAGGGAUAUAUUUCUGAUUUUGGCACGACAAGGCUUUUGAAGCCCAACUCUUCAAAUUGGACUUCAUUUGCAGGCACAGUUGGAUACACUGCUCCAGAAUUUGCCUUCACACUGGAAGUGAAUGAGAAAUGCGAUGUUUAUAGCUUUGGAAUGGUAUCAUUAGAAGUGAUAAUGGGAAAGCAUCCAGGGGAUCUCAUCUCAGUUCUGUUUUCUUCAUCAUCAUCCACGACACCAUCAACUUCCCACGAUAUAGCACUGAAGGACAUGCUGGACCAUUGUACCUCCUAGAAAAGAAGAUGCUGAGGAUUUGGUCUCCAUUGCUAAGUUUGCAUUUUCCUUUCUGCAAAUCGAUCCACAAUCUAGACCAACCAUGAAACAAGUUUCACAGGAGUUGUCCAUUCAGAGGGCACCAUUAUCCAAUGUUUUUAACAGGAUUACUCUGGAAAAUCUGGUUAACAAUGCAUUGAUUUCCUAAGGAUCAUCCAUCUAUGCAUGUAUGGUUUGUGUAGUGUAUAUGAUCUAGUUCUAUGUCACUGUAUUUAUUUUCAUCAAUACUAACAAUUACGAUUUAAUUUGCAUAACAUUAAGUUAGAGUUAAUUUAAAAAUAGCUGUUUAAGUUUAUCAA